AGCUAGAGUUGACUUCCGCAAUCCUGGUGGAAUAAAUCCAGCACCCCUAGCCAUCCGCCCACAUUAUCCACACUUCUCUGCCGAGACAGCCCAGAGAACAGAUCCCCAUCAGCAGGAUGUGGGGGCUCAAGGUUCUACUACUGCUGCCUGUGGUGAGCCUUGCUCUGUACCCCGAGGAGAUGCUGAACACCCAGUGGGAGCUAUGGAAGAAGACCUACAGAAAGCAGUAUAACGGCAAGGUGGAUGAAAUCUCUCGGCGUUUAAUUUGGGAAAAAAACCUGAAGCAUAUUUCCAUCCAUAAUCUUGAGGCCUCUCUUGGUGUCCAUACAUAUGAACUGGCCAUGAACCAUUUGGGGGAUAUGACCAGUGAAGAAGUGGUUCAGAAGAUGACUGGACUCAAAAUACCCCCCUCUCAUUCCCGCAGUAAUGACACCCUCUAUAUCCCAGACUGGGAAGGCAGCCCAGACUCUGUUGAUUAUCGGAAGAAGGGAUAUGUUACUCCUGUCAAAAACCAGGGUCAGUGUGGUUCCUGUUGGGCUUUUAGCUCUGUGGGUGCCCUGGAGGGCCAACUCAAGAAGAAAACUGGCAAACUCUUAAAUCUGAGUCCACAGAACCUGGUGGACUGUGUGUCUGAGAAUGAUGGCUGUGGAGGGGGCUACAUGACCAAUGCCUUCCAGUAUGUGCAGAAGAACCGGGGCAUUGACUCUGAAGAUGCCUACCCAUAUGUUGGACAGGAUGAAAGUUGUAUGUACAACCCAACAGGCAAGGCAGCUAAGUGCAGAGGGUACAGAGAGAUCCCUGAGGGAAAUGAAAAAGCUCUGAAGAGGGCAGUGGCCCGAGUGGGACCCGUCUCUGUGGCCAUUGAUGCAAGCCUGACCUCCUUCCAGUUUUACAGAAAAGGUGUGUAUUACGAUGAAAACUGCAAUAGCGAUAAUCUGAACCAUGCAGUUUUGGCAGUGGGAUACGGGAUCCAGAAGGGAAACAAGCACUGGAUAAUUAAAAACAGCUGGGGAGAAAACUGGGGAAACAAAGGCUAUAUCCUCAUGGCCCGGAACAAGAACAACGCUUGUGGCAUUGCCAACCUGGCCAGCUUCCCCAAGAUGUGACUUCGGCCAGCCAACCCCAUCCUGCUCUUCCAUUCCUUCCACAAUGGUGCAACAUACUGAUAUACCUUGGAAGGGAAUUGGUGUGCCUUUCUUGAAGAAGAUGUAAUGAUACAGAGAUUGUCUGUUCAGUUUCCAUGUUUGUUUGUGCUUCAAGUGACACUCCUACUACUUUUCUUCUCUCCACCCAAGGUCUUUAUUUUUUCAUUAGAAAUAGGAAAUUUCCCUAACAGGUAUGCAUUCUUAGGCUAAGAGAUGUGACCACAGCCUGCCCUGACUGUGUUGUCCUGGGGCCAAUGUUGUGUAAAUAGAGGCUAGAGAUCUUCAGCUAGACUAGAUUCUCAUUCACAGGGACUAGUUAGCUUUAACCACUCUAGAGGACUAAGGUGACCUGACUUCUCAGUCUCCACAUUUACUUCUAUAUCUUCAAGGUAGAAAUUCCACCCCAUUAAUAAAUCUAUUCAUAAAUCUUUGGUACAAGGUUACAUGAUACAACAAAUGUGUUUUGUUUUUCCUUCUUUGCAUUUAUAAAGUAAACUGUACUUAUCACUUAUCUCUAAUUUAAUAAAUAGCUAUUUAGUAAACAUUCA